UAACAUAUUUUUUUUGUUGGAUGGCAACGCGAGAGGACAGCGUAGGGGCAGUUGCUGCAGCGAGCAGCUGUGCUGCUCCGUCCCCCCGGUUGGUUGUCGUCGUCUCGCUCCCUCGCGCGUAAACACUCUCGCUUCGAUACUCUCGCCCCCCUUCAAUUCGCGAUAAACCGGCGAACGCGAAAAGCCAACGUCAACGGUGUUUCGACGGAAAUUAAGUGGUGUUUCCAACCCCCCUGAAAAAAGGAUACUCAAGAAUAGAUUAAAGUGAAGAUGAUCUGAACACGAAGCGAUGACGAUUUCCCGUAUGAAAAUGAGCUGGCCAAAUAUGAAGAGGCAAAUAGUGUUGGCGCUGGCGGCGGGAAUCCUCAUCGGAUUUAGUGGAACGUACAUGAUGCUGGAGCCGCCGAUGUGGUUGAACCUGGCCGAUCCGCACACCAGCCACGAGAUGCAGCACAUGGCCGGGCCCGAAGUUGAUCCGGGGGCGCACGGCCACGACGAAGAGUUCCACCGUUACGAGAACGAUUCGGUGGCGCGCGAUCUGAGAGAUAGGGUGAGGGUGCUGUGCUGGGUGAUGACCGGUCCGGCCAAUCACCAGAAGAAGGCGAAACACGUGAAGAAUACGUGGGGAAAACGGUGCAACGUGCUGCUCUUCAUGAGCUCCAAAGAAGAUGACAGUUUACCUGCGGUCGCUUUGCCCGUUUCCGAGGGUCGCGACAACCUCUGGGGCAAAACGAAGGAGGCCUUCAAGUACAUUCAUAAGCAUUACCUGGAUAAAGCCGAUUGGUUCCUGAAGGCCGACGACGAUACAUAUGUGAUAUUGGAGAAUCUGAGGUACAUGCUGCAGGCGCACGACCCGCUCGACCCCAUCUACUUCGGCUGCAGGUUCAAGCCGUACGUGAAACAGGGCUACAUGAGCGGAGGCGCCGGGUACGUGCUCAGCAGGGAAGCGCUGAAGCGAUUCAUCGAGGUGGGCGUUUCCAAUGGAACGCUUUGCAGACAGACGAACAGCGGCAGCGAGGACGUCGAGAUGGGCAAGUGCAUGGAGAAGGUUAAAGUCGAAGCGGGUGAUUCGCGCGAUUCCCUCGGCCGCGGAAGGUUCUUUCCCUUCGUGCCCGAGCAUCACCUCAUCCCCGGACACUCGCCCAAAUCUUUCUGGUACUGGAAGUACGUCUACUACGAUAGCAAAGAGGGCAUGGACUGUUGCUCGGACAACGCGGUCUCCUUCCACUACGUCAGCCCCAAUCAGAUGUACGUCCUCGAAUACUUGAUCUAUCACUUGCGACCGUACGGCAUCACUUACGCCGUUCCCAAGGAGACGCAUCAAGAGCGACGCCCCCAUAAAGCAAUCACGUAACGGCGCAAAGUGUUACCAAAUGCCAAAACGAAAACCAACAUUCCCAUACCCACAACCCCACCCCCUCCCUCGAUGUUAACAGCAAUAAACUAACCCGAUUCAAUUCAUGUCUCGUAGAAGGGUUGUAAAUAUACGCUGCGCAUACGUACGGUACAAAACAAAAAAACAAAGUUAUGUUUUCUCUCGUUUGUAAUAAUAAUAAUACUUGAUGAAUGAUGUGC